CAAUGAGGAAGCCCGGCAGGAUGGAGGGCGAGGCCUGGCAGCAGUAGUGCUUCUGAGCUGUAGAGGAGAGGGUUGCGGAGCUAGGGCGGCCGAGAGCCAUGGCGGCGGUAGUGGCGGCGGCGGCGACGGCAGUGCGAGCCAGGAUCCUGCAGGUUUCUUUCAAGGUGAAAUCCAAUUCCGCCUGGUAUUCAGCAUCUUCAUUCUCUUCUUCAGUGCCAGCUGUAAAGCUCUUCAUUGAUGGGAAAUUUGUUGAAUCCAAAAGUGACAAAUGGAUCGAGAUCCACAACCCAGCCACCAAUGAGGUCAUUGGUCGAGUCCCUCAGGCCACCAAGGCAGAAAUGGAUGCAGCCAUUGCUUCCUGCAAACGUGCUUUUCCUGCAUGGGCAGACACUUCAGUAUUAAGCCGCCAGCAGGUCUUGCUCCGCUAUCAACAACUUAUUAAAGAAAACUUGAAAGAAAUUGCCAAGUUAAUCACAUUGGAACAAGGGAAGACCCUAGCUGAUGCUGAAGGAGAUGUAUUUCGAGGCCUUCAGGUGGUUGAGCAUGCCUGUAGUGUGACAUCCCUCAUGAUGGGAGAGACCAUGCCAUCCAUCACCAAAGACAUGGACCUUUAUUCCUACCGUCUGCCUCUGGGAGUGUGUGCAGGCAUUGCUCCAUUCAAUUUUCCCGCCAUGAUCCCCCUUUGGAUGUUUCCCAUGGCCAUGGUGUGUGGAAAUACCUUCCUAAUGAAACCAUCCGAGCGAGUCCCUGGAGCAACUAUGCUUCUUGCUAAGUUGCUCCAGGAUUCUGGUGCCCCUGAUGGAACAUUAAACAUCAUCCAUGGACAACAUGAAGGUAACGGCCCUUCUGCAUAUGGCUACUUAAUCUGGCUACCAAAAAAAUCAAGGUGUUUAGUGAUGAUUGGAUGUUUUAGGAUAAGGAACCUACUUGGAGCCAAGAACCAUGGGGUAGUCAUGCCAGAUGCUAAUAAGGAAAAUACCCUGAACCAGCUGGUUGGGGCAGCAUUUGGAGCUGCUGGUCAGCGCUGCAUGGCUCUUUCAACAGCAGUCCUUGUGGGAGACGCCAAGAAGUGGCUGCCAGAGCUGGUGGAGCGUGCCAAAAACCUGAGAGUCAAUGCAGGAGAUCAGCCUGGAGCUGAUCUUGGCCCUCUGAUCACUCCCCAGGCCAAAGAGCGAGUCUGUAAUCUGAUUGAUAGUGGAACAAAGGAGGGAGCUUCCAUCCUUCUUGAUGGACGAAAAAUUAAAGUGAAAGGCUAUGAAAAUGGUAACUUUGUUGGACCAACCAUCAUCUCGAAUGUCAAGCCAAAUAUGACCUGUUACAAAGAGGAGAUUUUUGGUCCAGUUCUUGUGGUUCUGGAGACAGAAACAUUGGAUGAAGCCAUCCAGAUUGUAAAUAACAACCCAUAUGGAAAUGGAACUGCCAUCUUCACCACCAAUGGAGCCACUGCUCGGAAAUAUGCCCACUUGGUGGAUGUCGGACAGGUGGGAGUGAAUGUCCCCAUUCCAGUGCCUUUGCCAAUGUUCUCAUUCACCGGCUCUCGAUCCUCCUUCAGGGGAGACACCAAUUUCUAUGGCAAACAGGGCAUCCAAUUCUACACUCAGUUAAAGACCAUUACUUCUCAGUGGAAAGAAGAGGAUGCUACUCUUUCCUCACCUGCUGUUGCCAUGCCUACCAUGGGCCGUUAGACACAAGUUUGUUUAAGACU